AUGACGGAAGUAAUCGAAAUCUCGUUCACUUUCAAUUCAGUGUUCCACUUCUCUCGUCGUAUGUGCACAAAAUUAAAAAUGUCUUCAACAAACCAACAAAAUGUAUUGGAUGAAGACAUCAUUGCAAACAUAAUGGAGACGUUAGACGACAUCAUCGAUGAAAUAGAGACCCCCGAUGAUAACGACCAGGAUAUCGGAAACAAUGACGUCGAAGAAGUGCAUAGAUCAAAUCAAGGGCAAGGUGAAGGAAGUUGA